UGAUUAUCAGAAUUCAGAAGCAAGAACAAGAUGUGGGGAAGAUCAACUAAGCUCGUUACCCUAACAAGUUUAUGGCGAUCCUCUACUCUCAAUCUCAGACGAUCUCUCAACUCUGCUCCAUCAACAUCCUCCUAUUCUUCCACCACGCCGUUCCUCGCUACACCUACUUUUUCAUCUCACCAACUCACCGCCUCUUCCGUAGAUAUUAAUUUGAGGAAAAAGGUUGAAGAUAUAAUGCCCAUUGCUACUGGACACGAGCUUGAGGAACUUGACGCUGAGCUUCAGGGAAGGAACGUUCUUGAAAUCAAUCAUCCUGUUGGUCCUUUUGGUACCAAGGAAGCACCUGCAAUUGUUAAGUCUGUUUAUGAUAAAAGAAUAGUAGGAUGUCCUGGUGGCGAGGGAGAGGAUGAGCAUGACGUUGUGUGGUUUUGGCUGGAGAAAGGCAAGCCUCAUGAAUGCCCAGUGUGUUCUCAACACUUCAAGCUGGAAGUGGACGGCUCUGGAGGUCCACCAGGUGGCCAUUGAGACAAUGACCAUCAUUGAUCUGGCUUGCUAGUUUCUUUUGGAGAAAAGUUUUAUUAAUUGUUGAGCUGACCGUCUGCUACACUCUGCAGACGAAACACCUUUUGUUCUGUUUCUUUCUUGGCGGUUUUAUACUGAGUUUACUGUGUCCAACAAUGGUUUUGGAUUCAUGUCCUAGUUAUCCAAUGGACCACAUGAUUCUUUUUAGCCGUAUUCAAUGCAUUAUGAAAUAAUAGAUGGCUACAUUUUGAUUUCUUCAAAUUAUUUUGCCCUGAAUAUUCUGUAUGUGCUGUUUAGCACUUUCUUUUUAUCUUCUUCUACACAUGACAGUAAUGUGGCUGUUUUAAUUUAUUCACGAAGUAACACCAAGGCGUUAUGGAUGAAAGAGUCAAAUGAUAGUGAUUGAUUUCUUCUAAGUUCAGUUUUGUCAUUAUGCUUAUGUAUAAUAGUUUUAUCGUAUGAGUGAAUGAAUAAGAGCUUAUAGAAGAUUGUUGUUAGCAAUUCCAAUGUUAAUAAAUCUGUUUCAUGAA